UUGCCGUACGACGUUUGACAGAUAGAGAAGCUCGCAUAACCUACAACGACCCUUCUGUAGACUUUAAUUUGGUAGUGUGACUAAUGUCAUCCCUUUGUCACGUUAUCUGCGACGAUUUUCGCUUUGUUAAGCACUUGUGUAAACGCGUCGUGAACGAUUUACACGCUGGCAUGAUUGAACGGGCAAUUUCUCGACGAUUGACAUCCGGGGCAUUAAAUUUGCGCUAGAUUUGCGCUAUAUUGCGAAUGACUGAUGUAGCCAAUCAAAAACGUUCUCGUACCCUCAUUUGACUCGAGCGCGUUAUUUGAAAAUUCAACUUACGCGUUCCGUUAUCCCGUCACUGCGUCGUAAUGUGUUUACUAAUACACUUCAAUCUUCAAUCAGACGUAGUACUGUUAACGGUCGAUGGACACAGUUUAAUUUUCGCGAUUUACGCGGUCGUAUCGGAACUAAUUUCUCGGAAAUAAGUUCGACUCCAUCAACGCGACUUUCCAACGCGUGUGCGUUGAUACGUCACGAGCGCAUGAGUCACAUCGGAAAGUACCAAUGAAAAUAUACUAUACAUAACUGCAAUCGAUGCAAGGGACGAAAACGAGAACGACUCGAUGAAGUGUUAGUGUUUAAAAUGGCGGCGAAGAGCGGUGGUCACGAUGAGUGGCCUUCGGUAAUGAAACCGAUAUUAGCAACAUCGCCGCGCUCGUUUAACAAAAAUGACGUUAUCGAUCUCGUGAAGAGCAUAGUUAAAAGCGAGAACAAGUUCGUCUCCCACGAGGAUCAAUACGACACGUUUUACACGGCGGUCGCUGCCUUGUCGGCGGAUUGCAUUAGCGGUUGCGCAAAUACAUUUACCAAGAGCCAAAUAUCUAUUGUGUGUCAAGCAUGCAAAGUCCUGCUUACUUAUCUGGUGGACAAACUGCCACUGCAUCAGGUGCAACCUGGAGAUACUGCGCCAACAGUUUUGAGCACAAAACAGCUGCUACUUCCGAUACGCGCACUAUGCACAGGGCAGUCUUUACUCACGUCUACGGAGGAAAUGGCCCUGGUUUCCACAAUAAAAAAUUCCAAGAUACCGCCAUUCGUGACGGUCCUGUCAAGUGGAAAAGAAAAAGAGUUUCCUCAACAAUCUGUGAAAGAAUCCAUGCGGUCUCGUUGUGACUUGUCUACCAGUAUUCUCGAGCAGUUGACAAUCCCGCUGCAAGAUUUUUCGUCAUCCUCGAUUCUCACUAGUGAAAGUUCUGCUGAGAGUGCUAGCAAGAAUGCUAAUGCUGUUGUAGGGGAAACGCAUUCUGAUACUAAGAUAAUGUUUGUUGCGAAUAACAUAAGCACUCUGCAGAAUAUGGGUGCAGGCGAUAUUUUAUUAGAUAUGUGUUUGAAUCUUUCGCAUCUGUCGCGCUACACGCGAAAGUAUCAAGCAUACUUAUCCAAAAAAGGAUUCAGCCUGCCAGCUAACGCGUCGGAGGCACAUACGAUAAGACACAGCUUACACUCUGUCGUUAGUGAUAUUAAUAUUGUACAUAAUGUGAUAUCCCUCCCGAUACUUGAACCAUUGACACCAGAGAAACUGGAGAAACUGUCACUACUGACUAUGUCUUGUCUGUAUUGUUCAAUCGCGAACGCAACAGCAUCAAGUAUAGUCGGCAUAACAAAUGCCGUAUCACCUAAGUGCAGUACAAAUACUACGACGAGUAGUCAAGCCAGUCAAAGCGCAAAAACCACCGACGAGGAGUACGAUACCUUGGCAAUAACUGUUGUUGAAAAGAGUUUAGAAAUAUUUGGACAAGUGUCAAACGUCAUCAGGAAUAGCACACGUGCAGGAGGACAUAUUCUGCAAAAUCAUUUACUUAUUGGCGUGUGGCUCUUGGUCGCCGGAUUGCAAGCGCAAUUGACUGUGAGCAGUUUCAGUGCCGCGGAUAAGGGAAAAGAAGAAAAGGGAAAAUCGCCAAGUAAAGCUCGCGAUGGAAGUGGCCGUGUGAAUCUUAUGAAAGUUCAACAGGGAUUUGGAGUACUGUCAGUGGCGUUAGCAUCACAUGCAUUGAACUUGAUGAGCGCACUUCUGGAGGACGUAUCUGUCGAAACAAAUUCCGAUUUAGUUGUGCCAGUUCCUGAACCGGCUCCUUUAGAUAUCUUGUCUACUUCUACAGCGCUGCAGAGAGCAGUAACUUUCCUACAAGCAGUGCCAUUGAAUCAUCUGCUAUUUUAUCUUGCGACUAUUAGUUACAGAAAGGCUUGUACAUUGAAAAGAGUACAAAAACAUCCUUUAGAAGGAGAUGCGUUGAGUCAGUCGGAUUCUACUACAUACUAUGAAGAUCUUUUGAGUUGUUCAGAGAAUUCCACUGACGAAGAGGAGGACAGCGAACCCAUUUUAGGGCUGUGGUUUGAGGAAACUCUUGCCCCGUCGGAUGAAACUUCUACAAAUACUAAUAAAGAAACAAAUAACGAAGCAAGUGCAGAACGUACUACUACCACCACGAUUGUUCCUGACAAUCGGGAGCCACAUGGAUACAUCUCACUUGCAACAAAAAUAUUUCAAUUCAUGAACAAACACCUAAUUGGUAGCAGAAGUACGUAUGUUCGAGAAUACGUGGUUAAUGGCUUAGUUGAGCAACAAAUGGUCAUAUUGGCGGCAAUUAUAAGAGAUUUAGAUCACGAAACGGCCAGAACAGAGACAGGCACUAUUUCUGCAUUUUACGGAGCUACAUUGGGCGCUAUGUAUUCGGAAUUUUCUCAAGCUUUAAGUCGUUAUACUCACAACCUGCUUGCAUGGAAUACUCUAAGCGAAUCUCUCCAGAACACGUUGCUUCAACACUUGGGGGUGAGUCCCUGGCCCACGGAAAGUAGUAGUUCAACCACGUGGCCUCUCCAAGUGUACCCACGGACUUUGAGUGUGCUGGCACAGGUGUUGUUGCUGAAACCUCAACUAGAAAGAGAAGCUGCGUGCAUAAGCAUAUGGCAUCGAUUAGUAACAACUAUGGUUGAGAACGUAUGCAAUCCUCAAACUACGUACGAAGCUGAGAAUGAAGAUUUAAACGUAGAACACGCUCAGCUGGUCCUUUUUCUAUUUCAUUCUUUAAAUUUAAUGCAGAAGAAAUCGGUACUGCUUGUGACCGGAAGUGGUGCAGUGCGUUGCAGCGAAGCAGUGAAGACGCCGAUGAAAGAUUAUCAGCUGUUACAUUUGUCCCGAUUAUUGUUGUUACUUGAAUAUAUGAUGAAGCACUUGUACGAUGCGCAUCCAGUGUUGCUUGAGCAAGUAAAAUGGAAUUUAUUCUCGGCUACAAGUUUAGUAUCUGAUACGAAAGAGGGCAACAAGCAGACCGCACGGGCUUUUACUCCCUGGGUGGAAAUAGAGGAUAAUUAUCGUAAAUAUGGUUCACAGGACGAAUUCUCAAUGAAACCACGCUUUUACAAUUUGUCGAGAACAGAUUUCAAUAAUCAAGAUGCUCCAAAAUUGGAUGGACUGGCCUGCAACUUUAUCUUAGGCACGUCGGAUAAGAUGAAAUAUCCUCUUUUGGUUGAUGCAUUGAUCGAUAUUCUUAAUGUACUUAAUCAAACCGACAUGUACAGGAAAGGUGACAACAAGGAAAGGAUUACUUUUACUGGACUGUGUGCGAUUCAAUAUUGUUUCUCCAUAUGUUGGGAGUUAUUACUUAUGUUGCCUCCAUCGACUCCUUACAUGAAUAAACUUGCUCUUGGUGAGGAAAUACCGGCUGGGCCCAUGGUGCUUCAUUCGUUGAUAUGGGGACCGAGGGCCGCAUUCAAAACUUUUACUAGUUGGAUGAAGGAUUGUCUGGUGAAGCAAGGAAUGUACACGCAGUACGCCGAAAACUUGUUGAAAACGGUGUCGUCUACCGUGAACGCUCUCAAAUAUGAUAUCACUCUUGCGAAAAAUUGCAUUAUUUCGCUGAAGCCGGAAUAUAACGUUAACGACAAGAUAAUGCCAAAGUCGUCAUUGCCAAAACUUUGUUCUUUAUGCAUACUGGCUGCAGUCGUAGGAAAGUUACAAGUUCUCAUGGACGAAAGCAUAUCAAAAAAUUCUACGGAAAACAUUGAUGCUUCCAAGAGCACACAGAACGCGGAUUCUGUGCCUUCAAACAGGAUUAAAAUGAUAACCGAGAUUCUGCCGGAUAUUUUAUCCUUGACAGAGCUUAUUCUGCUAUCGUGUCGAGCUAAUAUACUGUAUCAUACAUUUGAGUCCACCGAGGAGGAAGGAAAGUACAGCAAACGGGAUUAUUUAAUCCUGGACAACAUUUUGUCCAUGGCGGGUGCAAAUUGGGGAGCCGAUACGUCACUGGUGUCGUUCCUGCCGAGUUGCAUAAAAUCUGCGCUGGACAAAUGGAAGAGCAUCGCGUUCGCUCCUGUGCCUUGGAAUACUUAUGCGAAUGACAUAAUACCAGCAGAGAGCUACAUUUUUACUACUGUCAAUUAUCACGUCAGUUCCUUGUCGGAACACCCAACGUUCUCCAUUAAUCCCUCGCUGAAGAACUUGCUCUACUGCUUAGUCUCGUUUAUGAUGGAGUACAUCGUUCCCGCAACAGCCUCGGACCAACAAUCGGACUUGCACACCCAAGCCGUAGACAUCCUCAUUUCGUUAUCACUGGAUGCUCGUACCGAUUAUCUGCGGGAGAUGGCUACCAAUACUUUGGCCAAAUUAUUGAGACCGGACAACGACAGCGAGGCGCAACAUCUGCGGGAACACAUGUUCGUGUUGAAUUUCACGUACAAUUUGAUAAUUGAGUACACGGAUAACACGUCUGGAUCUAUUAACAUCGUCAUCGACGAGGAGAUCUUGAAACAAUGCGUGAAAUACUGGGAGCGUCUGCUGGAAAAACCUCUUGGUUGUAAAGCUUUAGAUUUGUUCUUCACUUCCGACGCGAAUCACACGCUCGUGUCCGUCUUGUUGUCCAUAACGUCGUCCGAAGCUUCGCCGCAGUUUAGCACGUACAUUUUGCACUUUUUUAAUGUGUUAUUCAGAACGGCCGAGAAAGCGAGCGACAGAUCGCUAGAUCGCUUAUGCAAAUCAGUGGCCAAUUUUGCUAAUGUUGAAAGUGAGAAACUGCAAACCUGGCUGAGACACGUGAUAUUAGGAGCAACGAACGCGCAGACUAGUGGUUCCACGACAAAUAUACCGACUCCCGCAGCUGGCGCUGCAAAUGCGUUGGUAACUGUUUCUGGGGCUUCGGAAGAGAGUCAGAAGCCGGAUGAGAGAAACAACGCAUCCAACAAUGAACAAGCUCAAUGGACGAUCUCCGAUGGCUCCAACAAUCAGUCGGCGACGAGCAGCGACGAGCAGCACUCGAUCCACGAGAACAGCCGUUUCUUGCGAGCGCUCACGAAUUACAUAGUGAAAAACAAUGUCGGUUCGAACGUUUCGAUAACCAUUCUGCAAGCUCUCAUACCGUUGGCGUACCACAUCCUCUCGCCUACCAUCGAGGGGAACAGGUUCUCAGAAUUGAUGCACAUCAUGUCUACGCUGGCUGAUGCCGGGUCGGAGAAAGGGCACACGUUACUCUUCAAAGCUGCAACGGAGUGGGUCGAGCUCUGCAAGGAGCAGAUAAUGAACAGGGAUCCUCAAACCUUCGACAAACCAUCCCCGUACAUUGAGGCUGGUUGCUGCAUGUUGAACUACAUUGCCGAUGUAGUGGGCGCGAUUUGUCCGCAGCAGUCGCAGGAUCGAGCCACCAGCCCGCCCUGGGAAGGCGCCAUACCGAGUAACGACCUGAACGACAGCGAUUGGGUGGACGAGAUUCCGCACGAGGACGACGACAGCGCGGCCGAAGAUUCGGAUGAGGACAGCCUCUGUAAUAAACUGUGCACCUUCACAAUCACGCAGAAAGAAUUCAUGAACCAGCAUUGGUAUCAUUGUCAUACGUGCAAUAUGGUCGAUGGUGUUGGUGUUUGCACAGUGUGCGCAAGAGUCUGCCAUCGCGGACACGAUGUCACGUAUGCCAAGUACGGGAACUUCUUCUGCGAUUGCGGUGCCAAGGAUGACGGAUCGUGCCAAGCGUUGACGAAACGCAGUCCGCAGAGUUCGGAGCAUCAGGUGAGCAAUAAUAUACCGUACAACACCGUCGGCGCUCAGGCGGAGAGUAACCUGCUCCUCACGAGCAGCCUGCGCAGACGAGCGUCCAGUCCCGUGCACAUGUACGACAAACACGAACGAAGCGGACGCGACACUCAGAGGCAAGCGUAUUUGGCCCAGCAAUUGGAGCCUUCUAAAGAUUGGAUACACUCUCAAUUAUGGAAAAGUGGAUUGGUUUCCUCGCUGGUGGAUUUAACGCGCGCGUUGGUACCCGCGGUGGAUGCGUCCUGUCAGCGUUAUUCACCCGUUGGUUGUCACACGCGGGCUCAAUUGGCGCUUAAGCGCUUGCACACGCUCGACAAAAAGUUUGAGCACACGGAUCAACUUAUGUUGCCAACCUUGGGCUCUCAGGAGGGCGCGUUUGAAAAUGUCAGGAUGAAUUACUCGGGAGAUCAGGGUCAAACGAUUAGGCAGUUGCUGUCCGCACACAUGAUACGGCGCGUCGCGAUGUGUUGUCUGUCGUCCCCUCACGGUAAACGGCAACACUUGGCUGUGUCUCACGAAAAGGGAAAGAUAACAGUGUUGCAACUCAGCGCGCUUCUAAAGCAAGCCGAUUCUUCCAAGAGAAAGCUAACUCUGACUAGACUCGCCUCAGCCCCGGUACCUUUCACUGUCCUCUCGGUUACUGGAAACCAGUGGAAUGAAGACUUCCUGGCUGUGUGCGGUUUCAAGGACUGUCACGUGCUUACGUUCAACAGCUCUGGAACGGUGUCCGAUCACCUGGUUCUGCAUCCUCAGCUCGAAAGCGGAAACUUCAUCAUCAAGGCGCUGUGGCUUCCAGGCGCACAGACGCAAUUGGCGCUGGUCACUGCGGACUUCGUUAAGAUUUACGACUUGGCGAAGGAUGCGCUAAGUCCGCAGUACUAUUUCCUCGUGCCCACGGGCAAGAUCAGGGACUGCACUUUCAUGCACGCGGAGGACGGUACGUUCCACAUGUUGCUCAUGUCUUCCGCCGGAUACAUUUACAGUCAAGUGAUGGACGAGGAGAGCCAAGCCAAACACGGUGCUUUCUACGUGACGAACACGUUGGACGUUUAUCAUCCGGAAAUCAAGGAUAACGGUCAAGUGGGCGGUGGAGGAGUCUCCAUUUACUAUUCUCAUGCUCUGCAAUUGUUAUUCUUCAGCUACGCUUGCGGCAAGAGCUUCAUAGCGCCGCUUAAGCAUAUGGACUCCGACAUCACUGUAGUAUUCCAGAUUAAUCUUGCUAGUAACAAAACGAACGGAAACAAAUCCAACAACAAUCAGCCACAGCCUCUGUGCCAAUGGAGCGAAGUGGCGAAUCAUCCCGGACUGGUCUGCUCCAUUUUGCAAACUAGCAACAACCCGGUGAUACUGAUGAUCAAACCCGACACGAUCAUGAUACAGGAAAUCAAGAUCGUUCCCGCAAAGGCGAAGAUCAUGGAUAUGGUCGCGAUCCGGCAUCCCAGCUCGAAUGCCGAACAUCGCACGACUCUGAUAUUGUUGUGCGAAGAUGGUAGUCUGAGAAUUUACAUGGCCGGAUUGGAGCAAACUGGAUUCUGGAUGUCGUCCACUGUGCAACCGAUUAGCACCACAUCCGGCAUCAAACCAGCCCGAAAGAAGAAGACUAACAAGAUGGGAAAACCGUCGGGAUCCGUCACAUUCCCCAUCGAUUUCUUCGAGCACUGUCAAGUGAUGAACGACGUCGAAUUCGGUGGCAACGAUCUGCUGCAGAUUUACAAUGUUGCACAGAUCAAGCACCGUUUAAAUACCACGGGAAUGUACGUAGUUUCUACGAAAGCCAUGGGCUUUAACGUGGAAGUCACGAAUAGCGACGCGAUUUUAGUAAUGACGGGUAUUAGAGUGCUCCUUGCCAACCAGGACAUUCAAAGAGCACCUCUGUAUGUUGAGGUAUUUGGUAGAAGUAUUCGAACAACGUUAACUAGAAGUCGUUGGUUUGACAUACCUCUAACGAGAGAGGAAAGUCUUCAAGCUGAUAAAAAGUUAACAAUUACUUUCGGACCAUCUCAAGAUCCAGAGGGUAUUAUUAUGGUUGAUUCCAUAAAAAUAUACGGUAAAACCAAGGACGCAUUUGGAUGGCCCGAGGAGAUAGAAGAAAUCCAGUCUUGUCAACCAACGUCUGCGCCAGUGACGACAAUCAAUAAUGAAGCCGAUAACACGAUCGUCUCUCCUGCACCAUUGUCCUCAAUCGACAAAACGACAAAGGAUAGUUCGAUUAACAUAGAAAGGAUGAUAUCCAGCAUUCUCGAAGUCUUGGAGUCUUCAUUUAUGUUAUCCUCACACGAUGACAAUAAAUCUUCGCUGAAAGCCACAGCUAUCGAUGUCGCGUCGCGAUUGCUAAUAUUACCGACGCCGCCGUCUGUGCAAAUGCAUACGACCGCUUUGUUAGCUGCCCUUCACAAUACCAAGCAGGCUUAUCAUUUUCACAAGGAUCACGCAUUGUUGUCACAUGUGCUUGAAUCCUUGAAGUCGAUGAAGGAGGCCAACGAUCCCGCGGAUAUCGACGCUGAGAAUUUUUACAGACUCGUACUUAUCGUUCGCGCUAUUGCCGUUUCUCGUCCCCAUAAUCUUGCAAAAUUUGCCGAGCAGUACGUGAACAAGUCAAUUGAUGAGAACAACGUGCCCGUUUUUGAGAAGGAUCGUUUGGAAGCUCGUUUGCAAACAAAAACCGACGAGAAUCAGCACUUAGUCAUUCAACUGAUGGAGAUACUGUGGUCUUUGCACUUGGCAUAUCCCAAGAAUAUGGCACUCGCUCCGGUGGUCGUUCCAGGGCUCACUCACGCCGAGGGAACGGUACACGCAAUCGUGGAGAUCAUUCACGCAUUCACCAUAUGCGACGUUGAGAACAACACCCCGAUAGCCGCUAAGUUAUAUCUGCAGUUAUUGCUAUCCUCGGACAUGAGCAUCAGCUUCAGCGCGAAGCACGCUAUAAUCCGAGUGCUCAGACCCAGAUGCAAACGUAGAAGAGUAUAUAUACCGAGUCCGCCGAAUUGUAGUACUCCAGGCGUGGUUGCUGAUACCGAGGAGAAGUCCGCAUCAGCUCCCUCGCAAGCGUCUCGGGAAACGGUGGAGCGCGAUGUGGAACAACAGUUCGACAUCGAAGCUGUCGAAGCCGUGGACAGGGUGGCAGCUAUGCUCGGAGCUGAAGGCAAUCAGAAUUCGGCCGCCGCAAGGGUAGUUAAUCAUCCUUUGGAAGCGUUGCUCGGCGCGGGCAACUUUCCGCAGUUGCUCGAUGUGCCGCCGGAUGCGGAUGACGAGGCGAUGGUGGAGCUCGCGAUAGCCCUAAGCCUGCAAGACCACGAGGGCGGCGCAGAUCUGCAAGCGUUGCGACAGGGAUUCCAGCAGGGCCUCUCGAAUCUGCAUCUACAGAGCCUUCAGAAUUUGAGCAGCGCCGCGAUGCAGGGCUUGCAGCAUUUGGCGGCGCAAGGAUUGGUUCAAGCUCCAAACGCUCAGGGCCAAGAGGGUGGACAUUAUUCCGACACAACUGCUUCCGCGGGCGGCUCCGACGAUGAAGGCUCAACCGCCGCUACCGAUGGUAGUACCCUACGAACGUCUCCCGCCGAGCAAGGUGGUAGUGGUGGUAGCAAGGGUAGCGAGAGCGGUGGAAGCGAUAGCGGAGGCAGCGCCGUUGACAGCAUGACAGGGGAGCAUAAUGUUUCUGGCAGGAGCUCCGCGUACGGAGACAAUGCUCCCGACAAUGCUAUGCCUCCGAUUGGAAUUGGAGUCAGUCAAGCGCCACGCUCUGAAACUAAUACUCUAGAUGUUCCCACAACUUUCACUAACACUGAGCAAGAAGAAGGCACUGAGCAAGAACAGGGUGUUGAGCAGGAAAGUGAUACGACUGCUGAAAUCACUGUGAAACUACAUGCUAUACGGCUGUUAUUGUUGGACAGAUUUACGCAAUUUGUGCCCAAUUUAACGAACGUGCGAGGAGUACUCGCUAUUCCGUUUAUGCAGGUUGUGUUAAUGUUAACCGCUGAUCUCGACGGGCAAGAUGAACGGGAUAAGGCUUGCGUGGAACGCUUAUUGCAAAUGCUCGUGAAAGAACUAGAGAUGGACAAACCUGAUACGAACAAUAUAUGCGAGCGUAGCAAUAAGAGGGAAGUUCACUUGGUGAUUAUGCGCUUGUUAAGCGUUCUCAUGUCUCGCUCGAAAUACGCCACGAAGGCUCCCGUGGACAAUCCGAACUUUGUUUCCCAAACCACUGCUGCAAUACUGAGCAAAGCUGGUAUCAUCGACUAUUGUUUAACGUUACUACAGUCUUUACUUGACUAUUGGAAAACUACCAGUACUGAGGAACCUGGCACCAUGAUUGGCGGCCAGUUGCUCAAGGAGCACCUCACCACAUCGCCUCCGGAUAUGUCACCAUUUUUCUUGCGUCAGUACGUCAAGGGCCACGCUGGCGAUGUGUUCGAGCCGUAUCCUCAAUUACUGACGGAAAUGGUGUUGCGGUUGCCGUAUCAGGUGCACAAGUACGCGGAGAGCACCGUGGUACAGCCUGCGUUCGAACAGCCGUGGUACUUCUACCUUUGCGAGUACAUGAUGUCGUAUCAGACACCAUUCGUCAGACGACAAGUACGUAAAUUGCUGCUGUUCAUCUGCGGCAAUAAGGAGAAGUACAGGCAACUGCGGGACCUUCAUGCCUUGAUAUCUCACGUGCAGUCCGUGCAACAAUGUUGUACCACUGGUGGUUACGAUCCGCCGAAUGCGCGCCCGCAUUCCAUCAAUCUGCCGUACGAUUCGUUGGUGGAACUGAUCGAACAUCUCAAGUGUUGUGUGGAAAUCGCUACCAGUCGCACAGGAAAUUGGCAACGAUUCUGUCUGAAGCAGAAUACGGUUCUCUCGUACCUUUUCGCCAUAUCGACUCUUCUCGAUGAAGGUGUGAGCCCUACGGUGCUUCAGCUGUUGCAGUGCGCUAUUUGCUCGAACAACAAGUCGAAAGAAACUAAAGACACCAAAUCAAAGGAAUCUAAAUCCGCGACCGGUACGAAAGAGAGGCGUGAACGCGAAAAGUCCGAGGAUUCCGAUACAGAAGCCAAAUUCGAAGAAACGCAAUGCUUGACUCUAGUUGAGCAGAUUCAGAAGCAAGUGCAUCCUUCAUUGCUGAUGAAGUUCAUACAAACUUUCCUCCUCGAGACGAAUAACACAAACGUUCGUUGGCAGGCGCAUUCUCUUAUACUAGCGAUUUACAAAAAUUGCGGACCCAGUGAUCAGGAAGUCCUACUGGAUCUGUUGUGGCGUUUAUGGCCCUUGCUUCCAGCCUAUGGCAGGAAAGCAGCACAGUUCGUCGAUCUGCUCGGUUAUUUCUGCCUGAAAACGCCGCAUGCUGGGAAGAAGAUGCACACUUACAUGGAGCAAGCAGUCGCCGUUUUGCACGCGCAGAAUCAACUGCUAGCGCGACACCCUAACGCGAAUCUUUAUGUGAAUCUGGCACAAUUCGUUGAGUUGGACGGCUAUUACUUGGAGAGCGAACCUUGCCUCGUCUGUAACAAUCCGGAAGUGCCAAUGGCCACUAUCAAGUUGUCGUCGAUCAAAGUGGAUUCCAAGUUUACGACAACCACGCAAAUCGUGAAGCUAGUCGGUAGCCACACCAUCAGCCGUAUCACUCUGCGCAUCGGUGAUUUAAAGAGAACCAAGAUGGUCCGUACUAUCAACGUCUACUACAAUAACCGAUCCGUGCAGGCGGUCGUGGAGUUGAAGAACAAGCCGGCGAUGUGGCACAAGGCUAAGAAGAUCACGCUUGCCCAGGGACAGACGGAGGUCAAGAUGGAAUUCCCUCUGCCAAUAGUAGCCUGUAACCUGAUGAUAGAGUACGCCGAUUUCUAUGAGAACAUCCAAGCCUCGUCCGAGACGUUGCAGUGCCCCCGGUGCUCCGCCAGCGUGCCGGCGAACCCUGGCAUUUGCGCGAAUUGCGGCGAGAACGUGUUCCAGUGUCACAAGUGUCGUGCGAUCAAUUACGACGAAAAGGAUCCGUUCCUGUGUCACGCUUGCGGAUUCUGCAAAUAUGCAAAAUUCGAUUAUACCCUGAGUGGAAGGCCGUGCUGUGCAGUCGAUCCCAUCGAGAACGAUGACGACCGCAAGAAGACGGUAGCGACCAUCAAUACCCUACUGGAGAAGGCAGACAGAGUCUACAAAACUCUGAUAUCUAACAAGCCAACAUUGGAGAUGCUUCUCGUUAAAAUAAGCGAGCAUCGUUUGGACCGUGGGCUGGAGGACGGUAUACAAGUGUCCGGUAACAUCCAAGUGAACAGGGCAAUUCAGUUGCUCGCGCAGAGGUACUGCGGUGAGUGCAAAACUUCUUUCGAGGAGCUCAGCAAGAUCAUACAACGCGUUUUAGCGUGUCGCAGAGAGCUCGUAGCGUACGAUAGGAAUCAGCGAGGUCAGAGUAGUUCACAGCCGUCGUACGGUGCAAGUGCGAGUGACGUUACGAAGGACGAGACGAUAGUUUCUCCGAUCGGGCGCUGUUACGGUUGUGCGUCCGCCGCUACGGAGCACUGCCUGACAUUGUUGCGUGCAUUGGCAACCAACAGUGUAGCCAGGGACGUUUUGUGUAAGCAAGGAUUGAUUCAAGAACUCGUGGAAAAUAAUCUACGCAAAGGCACGGUACAGAUGCAAGAGGAAGUACGCCAGCUGCUCUGCCUCGUCACGAGGGACAAUGCGCAGUCAACCAAGGAAAUUUGUUCCUUGUUGACUAAUCGGAUCACGUUAACGCUGCGCGGGCGAGUCGCCACUUCCGAUCUCUCGGUCGCCGUGCGUCAUGAAAUGGCUUUGCUUGCGGCGCUCGUGCAGAAAGAGGAUUCCUGUUGGGAGCAGAAACUGCGGUGCGUCAUGCAGCUGUUCUUAAUGGCCUGCAAAGAGUCGAAGAGCCCCGUUGUGAUGGAGAGCAUUAUAUUGCCGUGCCUGAAAAUCUUGCAAAAUCUCAUUAAACCCGAUCAGCCAGUUUCGAAGAAAAAUAAAGACAAAACCAUCGAAUCUUUGGCGACGGUGCAACCACCGGAAGACAUCAGUAUCGACGUGAGCAAAUGGAUCAGUGGCGAUCUGAAGCAUUCGUACUCCGAGUGGCUUCGCCGUAUGCCGGUUAAGAAAACAGAAUCGUCUGCUGCGAAAACACUUAAAAAGGAGGAAACUCGAGUGUUAUAUCUGAUGGAAAAGUACGGGCACAGGUGGCAUCAGCGUUGUAUGAGGCAUCAAGGAGUUCAGCCGCUGAGACUGUCCGACGGUGCCUGGUUAAAGGAAGUUCUCUUCAAUCCUAGUUCCCGGCUGGCACGGCAGGUCGCUUGUAACAUGAUUGAGAGUCUGUGCCAAGGCACGGAGAGGAAGAAGGAGAUCUUGGUCUUACUGACGUGUUACUUGGAAGAACUGCGUAGCGCGGGCGAGAGCAGCACCGAGUUCCUCACACUGUACCAAAGCUUAAUCAGACAGUCGCCUUGGAAACAGUUCCUGGCAGUGCGCGGCGUAAUGACUCUGCUGGCGGAUCUGUUGACCAGAGAGAUAGAGGAGCUACAUCGACUGGAGGAAACUACUUUAACUAGCGAUCUCGCACAGGGAUACUCGUUGAAGAUGCUCACGGAACUCCUGGCGAUCUUCUUGGAACAGGAAAACAUCAAGCAGCAGUACAAGGGUCGAUUGGUCGGUGCGGUGCUGAACGGUUAUCUGUCACUCAGAAGACUCGUUGUUCAACGUACCAGACUGAUCGACGAUACGCAAGAGAAGUUAUUAGAAUUGCUAGAAGAAAUGACUACCGGAACUGAGGAAGAGACAAAGGCAUUCAUGGCAAUUUGCGUCGAGACGAUACAAAAGCAGAAUCCUCAAGAUGUUCGUACUCCAGUAUUCAUAUUCGAAAGAUUGUGCUCAAUUAUCUAUCCGGAGGAGAAUGAUAUCGGAGAAUUUUUCCUGACGCUCGAGAAGGAUCCACAACAGGAAGAUUUCUUACAGGGAAGGAUGUUAGGAAAUCCUUACAGCAAUUUGGAACCCGGACUUGGUCCGCUCAUGAGAGAUGUUAAAAAUAAAAUUUGCCAAGAUUGUGAAUUGGUCGCGCUUUUGGAAGACGACAACGGAAUGGAACUUCUCGUCAAUAACAAAAUUAUCAGUCUGGAUCUUCCUGUCAAGGAGGUUUAUAAGAAGAUCUGGGUGCUGGAGGGUGGCGAGUGCGACGCCAUGCGCGUGAUAUACCGUAUGCGCGGUCUUCUUGGAGACGCGACCGAGGAAUUCGUCGAGACCUUAAACGCCAACAGCGAGCAAGAGGUGAACAACGAGGAGGUUUACAAAAUGGCAAAUGUGUUAGCAGACUGCGGCGGGCUUCAAGUCAUGUUGGACAGAUUGGCGGCGAUCCACGACGUCAAUCGGGCAAGGCCUCUUCUUCAAGUGCUACUAAAGUUGUUCAGAUUGUGCGUGAAGGUCAAGAAGAAUCAAGAAGUCCUAAGUAAACCCGAGCUCGGAGCGGUGACCGUAUUUUUGGAUGUUCUUCAGCGUUGUCUCGCUACAGAAUCUGAGAAUUCGCAGGCAAAAAUUACCGAGCAAUUACUCGACAUCAUGGAAACGAUCUUGGCGAAUGCAGCGUCGCAAUCACUCAGCGCGUUCGAGGCAUUCUCGCGCACUCUCGGCGGUCCGGAACACAUAAAAGCACUUUUGUCGUGCACGCAAUCGACGGCAGUCAGGCAGAGUGCUAACGUGCUCGCUCACCUGGCGAGGGUCCUGGCAGCGCUGACUUACGGCAACAACGAGAAAAUGGCACUCCUGUGCGACUACUUCAAACCUGUAUUGAACUUUUACAAGUUCGAUUUCGAGCACACGCCUGAGGACGAGCAGAAGUUGGAACUGUUCUGUAUACUCACUCAGGGCAUCGAGAGAAACGCGAUCGGGAAUACGCUGAAAGAUUAUAUCAUUAGUAUGGGUAUAGUGAAAGAUGCCUUCGAGUAUAUCACCGUGCACGCGCCGUGCGUCAAACCCACGCUCUUGCGGACGGAUAGUGACGAAUUGAAAGAUUUCAUAUCUAAACCAGCUCUUAAAUAUAUUCUACGAUUCCUCACAGGGUUAGCCACUGAUCACGAGCCGACUCAGUUGGCAGUUUCGCAGGUAACUAUUAGCAUAAUCCACAGAUUGGAACAGGUGUCUUCAAACGAGCACGUAGGCUCACUGGCAGAGAAUUUGCUGGAGGCACUAUGCACCAACAAGCGAGUGGCCGAACUCAUCGAAGAGGCGCGACAACACACGCGCAGUGAGAAGAAACGGCUGGCUAUGGCGAUGCGAGAGAGACAGUUGGGCGCGCUUGGUAUGCAGACGAACGACAAGGGCCAAGUGACUGCUAGCGGUACGAUUCUUCAGCAGAUGGAAGACCUGGGCGAUGAAACUGGAUUAAUCUGCGUUAUCUGCCGAGAAGGAUACAAAUUUAAGCCGAACAUGGUGUUGGGCGUUUACACGUUCACGAAACGCUGUAACGUGGAGGAGUUCGAGACGAAGCAACGAAAAACCGUCGGCUACACGACUGUCACGCACUUCAACGUGGUCCACGUGGAUUGCCACAUGUCCGCCGUGCGUUUGGCGCGCGCCCGAGACGAAUGGGAGAGUGCGGCGCUGCAGAAUGCCAACACGAAAUGCAAUGGACUAUUGCCGCUGUGGGGCCCGCAAGUGCCCGAGUCCGCUUUUGCCAGCUGUCUAGCUAGGCACAAUACUUAUUUGCAAGAGUGUACUAGUCACCGCGAUAUAUCCUAUUCUUCGACUAUUCACGACUUGAAGUUGCUCCUCCUACGAUUCGCGCAAGAGAAGAGCUUCCACGAGGAUACUGGCGGCGGCGGUCCCCAAUCCAACAUGCACAUAGUACCGUAUUUGAUACACAUGGCUCUGUACGUCGUUAACACAACGCGAUCGGCGACUCGUGAGGAUAAAGUUUUGACGACUUAUCUAGAGACGCCGUCAAGCUCAGCGUGGCUCGAUAGCUGUUACGAGGCGGAGGGCCCGUUGUACCAGUGCACGCUUUCGCUGCUCCUGUUCACGCCCGCUCGUUGGAAAUCUCAUAGACUUACACACCUUAAUCGGCUGCUCGUUCUCGCACAUCAACGCUACGUGUCUCCUUCGGCAACCACGAAGACUAUUAUGGAACCAACUGCCAAGGACUAUACCGUGUACAAAAGCGUUCUAAUCUUCUUCGGUCUAGUGGAUAGCAUUUAUGCAAACUUCUUCAAGAAAGUAAACGUUUUAUCCGACGACCAAUGGCCUUCCGUUCUUGCUGAAUACAUCAGGCACAACGACGAGGCUAUGCUAAAGGCCUCGGAACGCGUGCUUGCGUCUUAUCGCGAUGAAUUAUUGCCAUGCACAUCAUUCGAUGAGUUUUGCGACAUUGUUGGCUUAUUAGAAGAUAUAAGAAAUCCUUCUACAUGUAUCGAUGAUGUGCUGAGACAUCUUGCUUGAAGAUACUGGAAGUUUUCCUUGCGUAGCUUAUUGCAUUGUUGUUACCGGCGCGAAUCGAUUAACCAUUCUGUUCUCUCGCCAAAUUAAUAUCGUAAUUUUCAAGACUUUUAUAUCUCGGAGGAAUUUUCUUGUUAAAAGUUUAUUAAAUGUGAUACAUAUACAUAUUCCCUAAACUUGGGACUUGAUGGAAGGUUUCCGAGUAAAAUUUGUGUUGCGUGAUGAAAAAGGUGAGGAUUAAUAUAAAUUAUUAUAUAAAACUUAUUCUUCGUGCGGCUAAAUCUUUACUUGUAGACAAAUAUGUAUGUAUAUGGAAGAAAUUUAUGCUUUAAUAAAAUGUGACUAUAAAUAUAA